AUGAUUCUCUGGCAACAAUUCCGACAGAAUAUAGUGUAUAGUCAGAUUAAAAUACUAGUUGUUUUGCUGAGUACUGGAGGGUUUUCAUCUCGGCGGUCCAAUGUCCUGGGAGGAGUCCAGUUCUGGGAUACACAGGGUUUUUCCAACCUUGUGAAGUCCGAAAGCAUGAUUCCGAAGAUAUAUGUUGUGCCAAACCUUAACGAAUCCGGUUCCGCAGUUCUCAAGAAUCAAGGAAAUACGGACGAGUUAUGUCUUUUCUUCAUUGAGAACGUUGAGGCACAACCUGCUAAGAAUACAACUGACAUACGCAGUCCGAGUCCUUGCAAAAGCGAGGAAGGAAUUAAAACUAUACUGUUUGACGAGGCUUCACCAAAAAAGACCAGCUCCAUUAUACUCAGCCCUCGGUCGCCUGCAUAGAAGCCUGGUAUGAUGACUAAUGACCCGAGGACUUCAUCUGGCUGUGUGGUUCCGUCGUCUGCUCCUUUGCCUUCUCCUAUUCAUUGCCAUGAUAAUUUGAAGGGAGUCG